AUGGGAGAUUCCAACGAAGCAUCUGCUGAAGUGCCCGUCAAUGCGCUUCAUGAGUCGGUCUUGGCCAGAAUUGAUCCUCAGUUUGCCGAAAUUUAUAAUCAAUAUCAGUCAAAUCAUCUUCGUGCAGACCAAGUCUCUUACGAGAUAUACAACGCUGAUCGGCCAAAGUAUUCGUUUCCCACUCACUUGGUGGCCGGACCUUCUCCAGCAUGUGGCAGCGCCACGAUAUAUGAAAUUCCGGUAUCCGAUCCCCAAGGAUCGAUCAAAGUUGAGGUAUACUACCCCUCGCAAACAGCGAUCACCAAAGGUGGAUUACGGAGCCCGGACGGCAAACUGCCAGCCCAUGUGGACUACCAUGGAGGUGGGUUCGUGAUUGGAAAUCUCAAAGCAGAUGAACAUUGGUGUCGACAGGUCUGCGAAGGCAUUGGCUGCAUUGUCGUCAAUGUCGACUAUCGCCUUGCACCUGAAUAUCCCCAUCCCGUCCCUGUCAAUGACUGCUGGACUGCACUUAAAUGGGUUGUUUCACAGACAGACCACCUCAGAGUGGAUCUGAAGCGUGUCUCUGUAGGGGGCCUCUCGGCCGGUGGAUGUCUCGCAGCCGUUGUCGCCUUGAAGGCUCGAGGUGAUCCUUCUAUCCCAUAUCCUCUUGUUUUACAAAUGCUCAUCGUCCCCGUCAUUGAUGCGAGGUAUAUUCCGAUCGAGGGGUCAUGCGCGCCUGGGACACAGCCAUAUGACAGCUAUAUUACCAAUGAAUUCGCCCCCAUGCUACCGUUCCAACGACUGGUUUGGUUUUAUAAUCUUUGGCUCGGGACCGAUCCUGGGAGUCGCCGCCAAAAAGCAAAUGAAUUUACCGCUUCUCCGAUCACGGCUUCUUCCCAUGCAAAUCUAGCACCGGCUUCUAUCCAUGUGGCCGAGAUUGACCCUUUGGCGUCUGAGGCUAUUGCAUAUCAUGAAAAGCUGAUCAAAGAUGGUACACCAAGCACCCUGAAGAUUUACAAAGGCAUGGGACACCCAUUUGCACACUGGGAUGGUGGAAGGCUGGAUAAGGCUUUGGAAUUUGAUGAGGACAGCAAACGAGCACUGAAAGAUGCAUACUCGAAGAUUUCAUAG